AGACGGUCCGCCGCGAGUGAGCCGCGCGCACGAGCCAUGCACGCCGACCCAGAGUCACCCGUUUGCCGGGAGGAAGCUCAACUCCUCCCCGACGAAUGGCUCAAAGUUAAACCGGUCGCCGUCAACGGCAACCUAUCACCAGGAAUAUACUACCCCACUGCUGGCAGCAAGAGGAGCCGAACGCACAGACAUGGUGUUACACGCAGAUCGAGAAGGAGAGCUAUUCUCAAAAAUGGAGAAUGCAAUAUACUCAAGUCGAAAAUCUCUCAAAGGCGACUGAGGUUCCUGCAAGAUAUGUUCACGACCCUCGUCGACGCACAGUGGCGAUGGACCCUACUCGUGUUUACGUUAUCUUUUAUCUUAUCGUGGUUAGGUUUCGCUUUAAUUUGGUGGUUGAUAGCAUUCACGCAUGGAGAUUUGGAACCCGAUCAUUUACCAAAUAUGCAAGAGUCGACAAAUUGGAAGCCUUGUGUAUUUAAUAUAUAUGAUUUCACUUCUUGCUUCUUAUUCAGUAUUGAGACACAGCACACCAUCGGUUACGGUUCCCGUACGACAACAGAAGAAUGUCCAGAAGCUAUAUUUAUCAUGUGUCUCCAAAGUAUCGUCGGUGUUAUGAUACAGGCUUUCAUGGUCGGUAUAGUCUUCGCUAAGAUGACAAGGCCAAAACAUAGAACUCAGACAUUGUUAUUCUCGAGGUAUGCCGUCAUAUGUCAGAGGGAUGGAGAACUUUGUUUGAUGUUUAGAGUGGGUGAUUUAAGGAAGUCACAUAUCAUCGGAGCUAGUGUAAGAGCACAACUGAUCCGAUCUCGAACAACGAAAGAGGGAGAAGUACUGUCGCAUUACCAGACUGAAUUAGAAUUAAACGCGGAUGGAUGUGACAGCAACCUGUUCUUCAUUUGGCCUAUCACUAUGGUGCAUAAAAUAAAUGCUGACAGUCCUUUCUACGGGGUAUCUGCAGCGGACAUCCUUCAAGAGAGAUUCGAGAUAGUAGUUAUAUUAGAGGGAACGAUAGAAUCGACUGGUCAGACAACACAAGCCCGUUCCAGUUACACAACAAGUGAAAUAAUGUGGGGACACAGAUUUGUGCCGCUAGUGACAUAUAAUCGUGAACGUCAAGGAUACGAAGUGGAUUAUUCGAAAUUCGAAGAAACGACUCAAGUAGACACUCCUCUUUGUUCUGCGAAAGAAUUGGACGAGUUUUAUGGAAGCCAGGGUGAUCGGAGAUCCAUCGAUUGGUUCAAGAAUCAAAAUUACGAUGAAGACAUAGAGAUGGGAACAUUAAGACAAUACCAAACUGUGUUUAAUACUCAGUUCAAUUACUCAUUUUUUGUGCCCAAAAAAGAUUUAUGCGGUAAGUGUGAAUUAUAUAAACAAGCUGAUGAUGACAAGAAACAAUUGUUGCAAGAAGACUAUGAUAAAUAUAUAAAAAACAAAGAAAGAGUUUGGAAACUGAAAGAGGAAGAAAAGAAGAACCUUGAUCAUAAUAAAAGUACAGUUGCAAUUUUCUAUUUGGAGAAGAAGUUUUCAUCAAGAGUUAUGGAACGAGUCGGCCGUGGUCGAAAAACUGCAGCAGCUUCGACUGCAAUUUAUGAUGUUGAAGACUUAAAAUGUGCUUACAGUAAACUGAUUCCAGUAACUAAAGUUUUAUACAAUGAUUUAAAGAGUUUGUGUUCAUGAUAUCUCAUGCCUAAUUCUCCGAUCAUACUCCGUCAUUCGGUGAACAGUGAGUCUCAAGAGAGCUCACCAUUGGCGCGUAUAGCUGAUAGACUGGUAGUAGACGCUCUCAGACGCACCAGCAUCAGUGCCAGGCCAGCCGUAGUGAAAUAUCCACCGGACUAUUUCAAUGGACCUGAACAGUCAUCGUCAUCAAGUGAGGAUGAAACCAAAGAAAACAAAAGAAACUCCAAGAAGAUUACAGAAUUAGAAACUUAAUUCUGUUAUGUAAUUAUCAUAUUUGUAAUAAUGUAUGACUUAACCGAUCCAUCUCAGAGGAUUUAUGGAUUACUAAUUUACUGUAGAUAUAAUAUAUAAAAAAGGUAUUAACGCCAUCUUUCGGCGAAUAGAAGAACUACAAAUAAAAGUGUUACGUUUAAUUAUCUAGUCUAUAGUUUCAUGAACGGUGUAUAGAACAAAUAUGAUUAUACUUCUCAACAAGGUUAACCUGUAAGUAGGUAUGUUUUAAGUGUGAAAUAAAAGUCUUGUUUUUAUAUUAAGUGAUAAUAUUUAUUAUCAUACUAGCUAUCAGGCAAAUACAAAGCAUUAUGUAGGUAUGGCAGCGCCCGCGCUGCUACAUAGGACCCCUGACUAUUCACCCCAGACUAUAGAAUAGAACAAUAUUUAUAAAAACAUUAAUAUUAUUCUACAGAAUAAAAAUGAUCAUAUUAAAAUAUUGUGUACAUGUAACAAGCAUUAGAAACACUAACACUUAAUGUAUUUAUUUUCUUUUAU